UAUGGUUAUUAUUCAUUUGCACAACAAAUAACACCUCAGAUCACUCAAAUAAACUUUUAAAAAAUAUUAUUGAAGGAAAAACAUUGAAAAUAGGAAGUGGUAAUAAUGGAAAUAUACCUUAAGUUGCGUGAUUUGUUUCACGCAGUAAUCACAAAUUUGUGAAUGGGAGGAAAUAAGGGAGUGAAGCUAUGAAACAAGUGACUUGCUCCAGAAACAGUCGAGAGAUACUUUUAAAACACUUCAAAACCUACCAGAUAAGAGUAGUUUUUUCCUUAGAAUCAGAGGAUGCUGUUUAUCAAAAAUUUACCGAUGGGGAGAGGCUACCUCUGCUACAACUAAGGAACAUUUUGCUUGGAUGUUAUGAGUGCAGGGCUGAAGUAGAUGAGGGGUGGGGGAUAGAAGAAGAGCAAAAAAUGUUUCUAUAGGAGGAAGAGGAGGAGGACAGAGAAGCAGAAGACCAUAACUUCAUGGCUGUCCAGUAGAAAGGUAUCAAGCCACCAGUGACAUCAAGAUUGUGAAGUAAUCAAGCCUCCGGUUGGCUGUCUAACACAGGAAGACUACCUCACGCCAGUACAGCCUUGCCGGCCAGCCAUGGAGUCGCCUGUGUGCAGGUCCAGGCUGGAGAUUAACUUCAUACGCCUCCUGGACGAGACGCAGCAGAUGGCCAACGGCAGCAAGGCCAAAGACUGGACGUUUGAGAAGUGGGUGGAGGGUCGGAGGAUAACUGUCUUGUAUGGCAGCCAAACAGGAACAGCACAGGAAGUUGCCGAAAGAAUAGGAAGGGAAGCUCGCCGUCAUUUCUUCGUACCAACGGUGCAGCCCAUGGAUGAGUGCCCAGUGGAUAGAUUAAGCAGUGAGUCACUGACUGUGUUUGUUGCCGCCACGACUGGCCAAGGUGAUGACCCAGACAACAUGAGGAGCUUCUUCAAGGCCUUGUGGGCACAAAGGAAAAACAGACAACUUCUGUCUCAUCUGAAGUUUGGUGUUCUGGGCCUCGGUGAUUCCUCAUACCAGAAAUUCAACUAUUCAGCCAAGAGAUUGAACAACUUGUUGAUGUAUCUUGGAGGUCAGCCGCUGUUGAAAAUUGGCCUUGGAGAUGACCAACAUGACCUUGGGCCUGAGUUUGUCAUUGAUCCAUGGCUAGAAAACUGGUGGAAGAAAGUCCUGGAGUUGUAUUCACUUCCCGAUGGAGUACAGCCCUUAGGCUCAGAUAUUAUCUUACCACCAAAAUACAAAGUUAAGGUGAUUACAGAUGGUGUUGAAGAAAAUAGUGCGAACGAGAGAAGUGGUGCUUUAGUGGUCAAUGAGGAGGCGUGUGCAUCUAGUCCUUGUUCUGCUGUGGUAACCAUGAACAAAAGAGUCACUUUAGAGGACCACUUUCAAGAAGUCAGGUUGAUAGAAUUUGACACAAACCAGAUCAAAGCUAAACACAAACCAGGUGACGUGCUUAUGAUUCAGCCUCAGAACAUAGAGGAACACAUUGAGGAGUUUAUCAGUGUUCUUGGACUCAACCCUGAACUUAAGUUUUCUUUAGAACUCAAUGACCCUAAUGCUACCUUACCUCUACAAUCUGUCCUGCAAACACCUUGCACAAUGAGGGAGUGUGUGCAGAAGUACUUUGAUAUACAGGCUGUCCCUAAAAGGUAUUUCUUUGAGUUAUUGGCUUACUUUACAAAGGAUGAAACGGAGAGGGAAAAGUUUAUGGAAUUCACAACUGCAGAAGGGCAGCAAGCUCUCUAUGACUACUGUUCCCGGCCAAAGAGGACCAUCAUGGAAGCUUUAGCAGAUUUUCCACACACAAAUCGAAACAUUCCUCUUGAUUACCUGUUUGACCUGAUUCCCCCCAUCAAGCCAAGGCCAUACUCCAUCGCUUCCUCCAGCAUUGCCAUGCCCACCAGGACUCAGCUACUUGUUGCUGUGGUCCGUUACAACACCAUCCUCCGUCGGCCGAGAGUGGGUCUUUGCACCAAUUGGCUGGCCCGUCAGAAAAUUGGAAGCACUGUGCCUGUUUGGGUUAAACCAGGAACACUGACUUUCCCAUCUCUUGAAUCAGAAUGUGUCCCACCAGUCUUAAUGAUUGGGCCAGGGACGGGAUGUGCCCCCUUUCGUGCCUACAUCCAGGAGAGGGUCGCCAGUGGUGCCAGCAAGGGCCUGGUUAUGGUAUUUGGCUGCAGAAAUAAGGCCAAGGACUACUUCUUCAAGGAUGAGUGGGAAGUGUUGGUGAAGGAAGGUAAACUAGAACUGUACUGUGCCUUCUCCAGGGAUCAGGAAGAUAAGGUGUAUGUGCAGCAUGUGAUGAGGGAACAUGCUGCCCACUUUUGGGGACUAAUAGGAGAGCAGCAUGCCAAGGUGUAUUUUGCUGGUAAUGCCAAGAGAGUUCCCAUUGAUGUGUAUGAAGCACUGACAUACAUCUGUGAGCAUGGCCUAGGCAAGGGAGAGUCAGAAGCUGAGCAGUACAUGAAAAAGAAUGUGGAAAAGCGUUACCAAACAGAAACUUGGGCAUGAGUUUUCCAUUGUUAUUUGCUUGUAUUGUCUUGUUCAAAGGAAAAAAUAUCUGCUUUAGAUAUACAAGUUCAGAGCCAUAUGACCUCUGUAGUUGGGGUGCCAUGACUUGAUUCCUCAGUCAAUCCUUUAAUCAAUCAGUCAGUCAGUUCAGAUGUGCAUAUAAUUUUCUUUCGAUAGAUACAGGCCAAAUAUAUUUGUGAGUAUGCUGUGAAAUAUGUGUAGCUAUAUUGUAAACUAGUUGAUUGGAAUUUUAUAUGCUAUGCACAAGAUAAGGAAAUAAGAUGGUCAUGAGUGCUCUAGAAUCUAAGGUGAAGGUGAGGUUCCAGUCUCUCAUGAGCAUAGGAGAUAGGCAAGUAGCCUCAACCAUAUCCCAGGCCAGUGGUGUAUGGAGUGAGAUAGGAGAUGCCUUUAUAUUCUCCAGUCACAGUUAACCAAGCACCUGUUAAGAUUGAGUAGGCCUGGGGACCAGCCAGUAACCCAAGAGAAAAUCCUGCUCGUAUGCACAGCAUUGAAUCUUAGUUCACUGGGCAACCAAGCCCUCACCAUGGAAUCUAUGAAAUAUCAAACUUGUAAAUAUUCUAAACUUGGACAUUAAAUACACAACAAUAAUUUG